AUGUCAGACUUAGAUGUUGGCAUCAUCAAACAAGAAAUACUAUCGUUGCUCGUGUCAGCUAAGAAUGGCCUUAGUGAACGUGAAUUGCUUAAUGAUUAUCGACUAUUCAAUUCAAACAAAGAACUUCCAUAUAGAGACUUAGGUUAUGCAUCAUUGAUUGCUUUACUUCGUUCAUGGCCAGAUGUAUGUCGUUUUCAACAACAAGGCAACAAUGGUUUCAUGAUUCUAGCUGUGGAAGAAGAAAAUACAAAACACAUAUUGUCUAUGGUCAAAGGGCAACGUCAAACAAAAUCGCGACGACGUGGUAGAGGCAGUCGUAAUCGAGGACGCGGCAGAGAAACAACCUAUCGAGACAGUGGCCGAGAUUAUCGUGGCGCUCGAUUCUCACAAAAUUCUCUUAAUUACAAUAAUAAUCGAUCAGCAGGCAAUACUCGUGGUACAUUCUAUGGUCGUAUGACUUCGAAUAAUAAUCGUUCAGAACGAUUAACACCAUUUAUGCGUACAGCUAUGGCACCAUCGAAUCAGAAUUCUAGAACUAAACCAAACGUUUCUGCAGCAUUUCGAUGUUCUAAACAACAACAACAACAACAAACCCAAUCAUAUUUGACUGGUGCUAAUCAAUCUCGAACGUCGUCCUAUGAAUUACGACAAUCUAUGAAUUCGAAUCUAAUUGAUGAUCGCCGUGUUAUAAAUAAUUCACAGUCAUUACGAAUUACUGUUGCGAAUAAUGGAAAUAAUAAUCGUGCAAAUAAUUCAGAUGAAAACUAUAAUGAUUAUGAAUCUUAUCAGAAUAACCAAUAUCAGUUUUCUGAUUAUGUCGCAAAUGAAAAUGAAGAACAGUAUGAUGAAGAAGAUGCAGAUAAAGAAGAAGAAGCUAUUAAUAAUAUUCAAAGUCUUUUAACCGAAUUUCCUCAUGGUAUUCGACUUUUGGCUUUGAAUGAUCUCUAUCAAAAAAAAUUUGGCAAAAAUCUUUUAACAGAAUUAAAAAUUGCAAAUAUUCUAUUAGUUCAAGAUUUUGUUGAUGAUUUUGCAAGUAUUUCACGUCAUGGUGAAGAGAAUGGUUCAUGUGAUCAUAUUAUUACACUCAAAGAUCCUAAACAAGUUGCACAAACCCAAUCUCAAUUAUUACAACAAAUAACUAGUUCUGGAGUUGUUUCACAAACAUUUCGUUAUGCAAAUAAUCUUUUUUCAUAUAUCAGCAAUCCACGUUUUCAAGGUUUUGUAUCUGAUCUUGACGAAAAUGAACAUUGCCUUCACAUACAACCAGUUCGAUACCAAGAACAUAUUGAAACAUUAAUGGAAGAACUUCACUCAUACUAUUCAAGUCCUAUUUCGAAUUCGUUAAUUAUUAAUAAUAUUGAAACGGGCUUAUCAUGUGUAACAACAUACGAUGGAACAUAUCAUCGUGCAUUUAUAAAAGAAAGUGACCUCUACAAAUGUGUUAUUGUUUAUGUCGAUUACGGUACAACAAAAGAAGUGAAUAAAGAUGAACAACAAUUUAAAUAUUUACUUAAUCAUUUUGCUGAAUUACCAUGCAUGGCUAUUUCAUGUCGACUAAAUGACAUAAGUUUUAUACCCGAUGAUACUAAUUGGCUACCAGAGACAUAUAAUGAAGUUUAUACAUUAUGUAAAGAUGGACCCUUUUUUAUUGAACCAACUGGAUAUCUAAACGGACUACUAACAAUAAGGAUUCUUGAUGCAGAUGGACAAUGUCUGAAUGAUAUUCUUGUUCAAUUAAAACUUGCAGUUAACACAUCCGCAUUUCAAAAUCGUCCUCCAUUAGAUAAUUAUGAACAGAACCAACAAAAUGCACCGAAACCGGUAGACUUGAAGUUCGACUUUUUGAAUGAUGCUGCUCAAUGUCCUUUACCAGAUUCAGAUCCUUCUACACCAGAAACCAACACUGUGGAAUCUCAUUUUACAUUACCAGAAAAUACUUCCAAUCAAAUGACAAACAAUUCGUCAAAUAUUAAACAUCAAUGCAAAUUAAUACAAAUUGAUGAACACGAUUCUUUUUAUCUUAUUCGUCACAGUAACAAUAAACCAUACAUACCGUGUUUCAAUUUAGCACGUUUAUUGCAUCUAUCUGAAUCAGAUGUUUUAUCUGAAACUUUACUAUCACGUACUCGUUUAAAACGAACACCUGAAUAUGAUUCCGUAUUUGAGUUUCUCAAAGAAACAAAUCCAACCGAUUGUCUUCAUAUUGAUCAAGAUUUUAUCUUUCUAUUUGAUUUAAUAUCAACUAUCAAGUAUAUUGAACGACUUCGUGCAAAAAAUAGUCAUGUUCUUCUCGAAAUCUUAUGUCAACAAAUCAAUACAUACAAUGAGCCACAAUAUUGGAAUAAUGUCUAUGAUUGCUAUAAACCUUCAAAGCCUGUCGAGUCAAUCCCAGCUGUUGUAUCAUGCCGUCAAAACGAUGCUGAACGCUACACUGAAUUAUUAACUCGCCGAAAUAUCUUAUGCAACAUGUUACGUACUGAACACGUAACAGAAUGUACCAUUGAAUUGACGUCCAUUGAAAAUGAACUUGAACAGUUAGUACAAAAAAUGCGUCUCGGUGCAAUAUCGCAACAAAAUAGUAAUGUUUCGUCAACGCCACCCGGUUUCACGCCGUUGAUCAAUAGUGAUCAACAACAGUUCUCGGUGAAAAAAACUGAUAAAUUAAAAGAUUUAAUGGAACGAUGUAAAACAUUAAUUAAUACAAUUCUUGUUCUUGAUGAUUUUAUUCCUAUUGAUGAUAAUAUAACGAAAUAUAUUGAGAAUAAUUUACCACAUUUAACUUCUGGAAAAACAUCAUCAAACGAUGAGCAAUUGUAUAAGCAAUAUUCUGAAUUACUUCAAAACCUAACACUUAUUGUCAAUGAUCUUCAACAAAAACUGUCAACUAGUGCUCAUUUUUAA